CGCAGUAGGCUACAGUAGCCCACAGACUGAACAUCAACUUUUUUUCCGGCGUGUUUGUACAGAAUUUCACAAGUUUUAGUAUGACAUCUACAUGACGCUAUUCGAAUAACUAAUUAUAAUUUUUCACAUUUUGCUGUAAUUUAUUAUAAAACGGAGGGUUUAUCUUGGCGUCAGUUUCCCUUGCAGAAUACGCUAAUCGAUUAAAACAAAGAACGACGCUGCCGCUUCUCAUCGAUCUUCUUACAUUAAAUGGCGAUAAUACCAAUUCUCGUUUUUUCCCUCACUCUCAUACAUGUUUUAUAUGGCCAGUUAGAAGAUGUGAUUAUUGAUCGAUACUUGAUACCAAUACACUGUUCGAGAGAGGUUCAGGUCGGAGACUAUAUUCGGUAUCAGUAUAACGGCACAUUCGAGGAUGGACGGAAGUUUGACUCGAGCCUGGAUAAGGGUUUUCCAUUUGUGGGGCAGGUGGGGGUGGAAUCUAAAGUCAUUCCAGGUUUGGAUAAAGGAGUUCAGGGCAUGUGUGUAAACGAGCGAAGGAAGAUCACCGUACCUCCUCACCUGGCUUAUGGAGUCUUGGGAGCUGGUUCAGUUAUCCCACCUGACGCAACAUUGGUGUUUGAUGUGCUUUUGCUGGAUUUAUGGAAUAAAGAAGACAAAGUGCAAAUUCGCACGCUUCACAGACAGCAGAAUUGCAACCGGACAGUGAUGCCCACUGACUUUGUCCGUUAUCAUUACAAUGGAUCUUUGUUAGUGGGAAACGUGUUUGAGUCCAGCCAUCUCCAAAACUCAACAUACGACACAUAUGUGAGAGAGGGCAAUCUCAUUAAAGGCAUGGAGGAAGGCAUUCUUGGCAUGUGUGUUGGGGAGAGGCGAUCAAUUAUUAUCCCACCAUUUUUGGCUUAUGAUGACAAAGGAUAUGGUACAAAGAUCCCUCCAUAUGCAACUGUAAUUUUUGAUGUGUUACUGGUGGACGUGUUUAACGUUAAGGAUGAUGUGAACGUGGAGGUUCAAAAGAUUCCACAGCCAUGUAAGAGAAAGGCAGUGGUGGGAGAUUUCAUACGUUACCAUUAUAAUGGAACAUUUCAAGAUGGCACUGUCUUCGAUUCAAGUUAUUCUCGAAACAGCACUUACAACACAUUUAUUGGCAUGGGUUAUGUGAUUGCUGGUAUGGACAAAGCCCUUCAAGGGGUAUGUGUGGGUGAGUGGAGACGAGUCACUGUGCCUCCUCAUCUGGCCUAUGGAGAAAAUGGAUCAGGUGAGCUGAUCCCAGGAUCUGCCGUAUUAAUUUUUGACCUGCACGUCAUUGACUUUCACAAUCCUAAAGACCAAGUGGACAUCAAAGUGACCUACAAACCAGCUGACUGCAACCUAACAAGUGCUGAAAAUGACCUGAUUUUAUACCACUACAACUGCUCUCUGCUGGAUGGCACACGUCUCUAUUCUUC